AUGCUCCGGUUGUUUUGGCUUGCAGUUUUGGGUUUGGAGGCGGUUGCUUGUGCCGUAGAAGUGGGAAUGAUGAACGGGCUACCUGCCGAGCUUCCUGUGGAGGAGCGCUGGUCGACAAUGCCCACUGGUGGUCAUGCUGCUCCCCGUUCACCUGAGGAGAUGAUGAUGCCGUUCGAUUCUUGCAACAUAGACAAAGUAGCGGCGCAUCGCAGACGCAGAAAAAGAGCCUUGCUGUCUCUAACGUGGGGCGUGUUCGCCUUGACUGCCGCUGCGCUGCUUUUCGUCGGCUCCGACAAGUUGCUCUCUGCACCUCCGAAGGGGCCAGAAGGAAGGGAUUUCUCGUCUUCAGAAGAAGACACGCCUGAAGUGCGCUUGGGAGAAGCGGCAGCGGACGCACAUGCAGGCCGCUAUCUUGCAUGCAUGUGA